GGGAAACUUCGUUCUCCUUUUGGUACUGAGGCUGUGUUGAAGGAAAGUGAUGUUCCAGAAACAGCGGUAGCCAAAUUGUUUGCAUCUGUGAAGAGGAACGGGAUGCAACUCAAUCAAUAUGGCACUAUUUCCCAGUGCUUACAGCAAUUGCCUUCUGAAGGACAGAUGCGGGCUAUGGCUUCUGAGGUUCAAAGUCUUCUAGUAUCUGGAAGAAAGACAGAAGCAUUACAAUGUGCACAAGAGGGGCAGUUGUGGGGGCCAGCUCUUGUUCUCGCUGCACAACUUGGUGAUCAGUUCUAUGGAGAAACAGUGAAGCAAAUGGCACUUCGACAGUUAGUAGCAGGGUCACCUUUGCGGACGCUGUGCCUACUAAUUGCUGGUCAACCAGGUGCUGUCUUUUCUAUAGAUUCUGCAGCUCAAAGUGGCAUGCCUGUUGUAAAUGCGGUUCAGCAGCCUGCUCAGUUUGGUGCUAAUAUCAUGCUGGAUGACUGGGAAGAGAAUUUGGCUGUGAUUACUGCAAACAGAACGAAGGAUGACGAAUUGGUUCUUCUUCAUCUUGGCGAUUGUUUGUGGAGAGAGAGGAGUGAUAUUGUUGCUGCACACAUCUGCUAUCUAGUGGCUGAAGCAAAUUUUGAACAAUAUUCAGACACUGCAAGAGUGUGUCUUGUGGGUGCAGAUCACUUGAAAUUCCCCCGAACUUAUGCUAGUCCAGAUGCUAUUCAGAGGACUGAAAUUUAUGAAUACUCAAAGGUGCUGGGGAAUUCUCAAUUUAUUCUCCCUCCUUUUCAACCAUAUAAACUUGUGUAUGCGCACAUGCUAGCUGAAGUUGGGAGGAUAUCGGAUGCAUUAAAGUACUGUCAAGCAUUGUCGAAAUCACUUAAAACUGGCCGAACCCCUGAGACUGAAACUUUGAGACAGUUAGCGUCAUCUCUCGAGGAAAGGAUUAAAACUCAUCAACAGGGAGGGUUCUCCACAAAUUUGGCUCCUGCAAAGUUGGUUGGUAAAUUGCUUAACCUUUUUGAUAGCACAGCUCAUCGUGUUGUUGGGGGCUUGCCACCAUCGGUGCCAACAAGUGGCAAUUCACAAGGGAAUGAACAGCAUAAUCAGUUUGCGCCGCCUAGAGUUUCAAGUAGUCAGUCAACCAUGGCAAUGUCAUCGCUGAUCCCCUCGGCGUCUAUGGAGCCAAUAAAUGAAUGGGCAGCUGAUAGCAGUAGAAUGACGAUGCAUAAUAGAAGUGUUUCAGAGCCUGACAUUGGAAGAACUCCAAGACAGGUUGAUUCAUCAAAGGAUGCAAGCUCAAGUAACAAUGGAAACGAUGCAUCAGGAGCUGGAGGGAUAUCACGCUUUCGUCGCUUUGGCUUUGGCUCCCAGCUUCUCCAGAAAACUGUUGGAUUAGUCCUCAAACCCCGUCAAGGCCGUCAGGCAAAAUUGGGUGAUACGAAUAAAUUUUAUUAUGAUGAAAACCUUAAAAGAUGGGUAGAGGAAGGAGCAGAGGCUCCUGCUGCGGAACCACCCCUUGCACCCCCACCCACCAGUGCUGCUUUGCAGAAUGGAGCACCAGAUUAUAAUGUGAAUAGCGUAUUAAAGAGUGAAAGUUCUAUAUGCAACAACGGAUUUCCGGAAAUGAAGAAUCCAACUUCUGCUGAUAAUGGCGCGGGAAUCCCACCUCUUCCGCCUACCUCCAACCAAUUCUCAGCUCGUGGUCGUAUGGGUGUCCGGUCAAGGUAUGUUGACACAUUCAACAAAGGUGGUGGUAACGCAACAAAUCUAUUCCAGGUGCCUUCUGUUCCUUCCGUAAAGCCUGCUACUGCUGGCAAUGCCAAGUUUUUUGUUCCCACCGCGAUGUCCCCUGUUGAAGAGACAGGGAACAAUACUUCUAACGAGCAAGAAACUUCAAGUAAUAGCGAAAGUGAUUCAGUCGCUGCUGUUAAUGGAUCCUCUUAUUUUCCCGCACCAACAUCGAGUGCCCCACCUAUGCAAAGAUUUGCAAGCAUGGACAACUUCUCCAAUAA